AUGAAUUGUUGGCUGAACUUUUUUGGCCUGAAAGGCGAAACACGGUUAGCGAUGUAUAGGAUUGGUGCUAAAUGGGCAGAUGUCCCUGAAAUCAUUACUGAGCAACAAGGCAUCAAUCAUGAAUUGCAAGCGUUGAAGGUUGCAUAUGAAGAACAACGUCUUUUUGCUGAACACGCAUGUGCAGUCUACAGAGAUGGAACGGAUGAAGAAAGAAGCAAUUGA